GUGACACAAGUUAUAUUUCCGGGUUGCUCUUUGCAUGGUGUGAGUGACCCUGGAUUGGUGUUGGUGGCAGAUAUGACCUCCCGGGGCACACCGAGCCGCUUCCUACAGAGUGUGCUUCAGAACGGUGUCGGCAGAUAUGUCUGUCAGCUGAAGCGGGUGUCACUGGUGUUUAGUAAGGACGCGCAGCCCUCCCGGGGAGCUAGAGAAUUUAUUGAAGAAAAGGUAGUUGAUUUUGCCAAGAAGAACCCAAGCGUUGUGUUAUAUGUCAGUCCCAAGCCAUGCAGAGUCCCUAAAGUGGUGGCAGAAUACUUGAAUGGAGCAGUGAGAGAAGAAGCGAUAAAUAGGAAAACAGCAGAUGAAAUUGUUCAGCUUAUACAGAAAAUGGCUGAUCAGUCUGGUUUGGACAUUAUCCGGAUCCGUAAACCUUACCAUACCGACAACCCAAGCAUCCAGGGACAGUGGCACCCGUUCACCAACAAGCAAUCUGCACUUAACAUAAAAACGUUUGAGAAUGUAAAGCAAAAGACGGGAACUGGUGUAUAGGAGGUGCAGAGCGUCAGCAAAAUGUUAUUGACUCUUAAUUGGAAUACUUUUUCGUUAUGUUGGUUUUCAUUAAAACCUGAAAAAACUGUCUGUAUUUAUUUACUAUUAUACAAAAGUGAAGGGAAUAGAAUUUGACUUUUGGAAUAACAGAAGUCUAAUGAUAAAUUAUAAAACAGAAAGUAAAUAUUUAGUGAAUACUAUUUUAUGAACAUUUUAGUUAUUUACUAGUUGCUCAGAGCACAGAUGGUUUGCUGUAUCUGAAUGUGUUUAUCUAAACUGGGGUGCGGUUUUUGUUUAACAAGAUGAUAAAAAUAGUCAGACUAUGGAAAAUGGUUCUUAUGAAGGACGAUUCCCCAUGGUAUCUAUGGUAACCACUUAUUAAUCUUCAGUGUGAUUGGACAGAACCUCAGCACUUUCACAAUAAACCAGGCCUCCCUAACAGACCAGAUUUUCAGGGUUUACUUUUGGUGAGAGCAGGUUAAUAGCCGUGCUUACUAAUUAGCUGAUUAUUUCACCUGUGCUCCAGUUUAGCUAUCCUGAAAAUCUGGCCUGUCAGGGAGGACUUGGACAAGUUUGAAAACCCCUGGUCUACAUUCAUGGAGGCUCCUUGGGGGCCUCACUAUUAAAGGGACAUUAAACACUGUGUAAUUGCAAGACAGAUAUACUAACAGCCUAUCACAUUAAAGCAGAGAAUAAUGUUGAUCAGAUGGAAUCUGACUUCAGAAUUCUUCAAGAUAUAAAUUCCUUUUGGUUGAUCAUCUAAUGUAAAGAAGAAGAAAAAAUCCAUAAAAAAAGAAUCUGUGAACAACAUUUUAAAAAUAAAUAACAACAUUUUUGUUUAACUGAUAAA